AUGGCGCUGCUCCGACGCCCGGCGGUCUCUACUGAUUUGGAGAACGUUGACACAGAAGUUAAUUCCAAAGCGAAGAGUCAUGUGACUCUCCGGAGAGCAGUUUUAGAAGAAAUUGGAAAUAGAGUUACAACCAGAGCCACACAAGGAGCUAAGAAAGCUCCGAACACCAAGGCACCUGUUCAGCCCAACAAAACAACAAAUGUCAACAAACAGCCCAAACCUGUUGCUUCUGUGAAACCGGUACAGAUGAAGAUGUUGGCGCCAAAGGAGCCUCAUCCUGCACCUGAGGAUAUCUCCAUGAAGGAAGAGAACCUCUGUCAAGCUUUCUCCGAUGCUUUGCUCUGCAAGAUCGAAGAUAUUGAUAAUGAAGACUGGGAGAACCCUCAGCUCUGCAGCGACUACGUGAAGGAUAUCUACCAGUAUCUGAGGCAGCUCGAGGUUCUGCAAACCAUAAAUCCACAUUUCUUAGAUGGAAGAGAUAUAAACGGACGCAUGCGAGCCAUCCUGGUGGAUUGGCUGAUCCAGGUCCAUUCCAAGUUCAGGCUGCUCCAGGAGACCCUCUACAUGUGCGUCGCCAUUAUGGAUCGAUUUUUACAGGUUCAGCCAGUGUCUCGUAAGAAGCUUCAGCUGGUUGGGAUUACAGCCUUGCUCUUGGCCUCCAAGUAUGAGGAAAUGUUUUCUCCAAAUAUAGAAGACUUUGUUUACAUCACAGACAACGCGUAUACUAGUAUCCAAAUCCGAGAAAUGGAAGCUCUGAUUUUGAAAGAACUGAAAUUUGAGUUGGGUCGGCCUUUACCACUACAUUUCUUAAGGCGGGCAUCGAAAGCUGGGGAGGUUGAUGUUGAGCAGCACACUUUAGCCAAAUAUUUGAUGGAACUGACUCUCAUUGACUACGAUAUGGUGCAUUAUCAUCCGUCCAGAGUGGCAGCGGCUGCUUCCUGUCUGUCCCAGAAGGUUCUAGGCCAAGGAAAAUGGAACGUAAAGCAGCAGUAUUACACGGGGUACACCGAGAACGAGCUGUUAGAAGUCAUGCAGCACAUGGCCAAAAACGUUGUGCGAGUGAACGAAAACCUGAGCAAGUUCAUCGCCAUCAAGAAUAAGUAUGCGAGCAGCAAGCUCCUGAAGAUCAGCACGAUUCCUCAGCUGAACUCGAAAGCCGUCAAAGAGCUCGCCCUCCCUGUGAUGGGGCGGCCCUAG